CCUUAUGGGUGAUCUUCAACUUGAGAGAAUACUUAUUGAGUGCAGCAUAUGCAUUUUCAUUAUCGGAAGUUUAAGAUAACCUUUGACUUGAGUGUAUUAAGCAUGUGACGGGCCUAAUCGCGAGCAAUUCAGAUGACACAUUCCUUCAUUAGCACAGAGAAUGAAGACUAUGGAAGUUGAGAAAAUUAUCGUGCUCUUAUGUAACCAUUUCAUUUUUUUAUCGAAUGCUAUUGUGCUUCCCAAUUUCUAUCCUUUUGGAGUGAGCGAGGGAGACCAGCUUGUUCCGACAAAUGACGACGGGAGCUCUGGGACGAUACCGAUAUCAAUUCAGUUUCCUUUCUACGAUAGGAAUCACAAUUCGCUGUUUGUCAACACCAACGGGGUGAUUUCUUUCCUGGUCCAAGUUUCACAGUAUACCCCGGAUCCAUUUCCUCUGGGGGAUGAUCGUCGACUCGUGGCGCCAUUUUGGGCUGACGUUGAUACAACUAAUGGCGGACAAGUGUUCUACCGAGAGACCACAGAUUCGCAACUGCUUAAACGAGCUACUAAUGAUGUUACAGCCACCUUUGUAGAUCACAGAAAAUUCAAAGCCACUUGGCUAUUCGUGGCGACGUGGUAUGAAGUCGCCUUCUAUGGUGCUAGGAAUUUCACACACAAGAGAAACACUUUCCAGGCGGUUAUGAUAACAAAUGGACGGCACUCUUUUGUAAUUUACAAUUAUAACAACAUCACUUGGACUACUGGCACAGCAAGCUCAGGAGACCAGACCGGGCUUGGAGGUACCCAGGCACAAGCAGGCUUUAAUGCUGGUGAUGGCAAACGCUUUUACACUAUCCCAGGGUCUCGCACUCAUGACGUUAUCAAUCUUCCUAACAAAACCAAUGUGGCGAACCCCGGUCGAUGGAUAUUCCGUAUUGAUAGUGCGGAGAUCGAGGAAGGUGGUUGCAACACGAAAGGAUCAAUUGUCAUUUCACCGGGCUACGCAAUCAUGCUUGGAGGUGACAACAUUUUCGUGUCUGGACCCUGCUUCAAACCAUCAGAUGACAUCAUAUGUGAAUUUUCUGGAGGCAAAGCAACCAACGGAAGUUACAUUAGUCCCAUUCAGGCAUCUUGCACUGUGCCAAUGCUUUAUUUGACUGGCAGGUUAGCAAUGAAAAUGUCAGUAAAUGGAGGAAGGAGUUUCGAUUAUCAAGGCAUCAUCACCAUUGUUAACAUUGUCAAAUUCAAGCCGGCUGUCGUACGGCAUAUGGCGAAGACGUGGUCUGAACAAGCUGAAGCUCAGAUUUCAUGGGAUCCAGCUUAUCUCGGGAGCGAGAAUCAGAGAGUAACUGUUCAGUUGGCUCGUUUUUCUAUGAAAGACGACGGACAGGUGGUUUUUCAUAGCACAUUCAAUCUAGUGGCAGGUCAGGAAAAUGACGGAACCAGUCUGUUCCAUGUACCAAAAGGGGCAGGUCAAGGAACAAUAGCUGGGGGUGACCGCUUUGUCACACUGGUUCUGGUAAAAAGGAUUUCUGGCAAUUUCAGCAAUUCCCCGGCCGAGUGGAUCUGGAGCGAUCCAUUCCACUGGUUGAGCUAUGAGAUGGCUGAACAGAGAUGUGUGCACUGGUAUGACAAGCAGCCUGAUCCUGAGAUAUACACAGAUGACACCUCCCUCCUAUCCUGCCCGCAAACGUUUCUUCAAGCGAUGGCGGACCGCGGUAGAUUUAUGUUAGACGAAUACUGUAAUCCAGAUGUUGAGCAACACUGUGCUGUAUACCGCAAGGAGGCAACGCAUUGCUUUAGCACUAACAAUCCAAGUGAAGAAGGUGCUGGACAGCAGUGUUGCUAUAAUGAACAAGGAAACUUGAUGAUUGGUCCAAAAAAUGGGGGAUCCCUGAGUCGGGUUCAUAUUAGUGCUGGAGUGCCGUUUCUCUCUCAUUUCUUCCACGACCUGAUGCCUUAUUCAGACUGUUGUGUAUUGUCUGAAAACUGUGGAAAAUACUUUGAGAAGAGACCAUCAGAUAACGGCAUGAACUACGAGCCCCCACGGCCAGCCACUGGAAUCGGCGAUCCUCACAUGAUUACUUUGGAUGGAGUUGAAUACACCUUUAAUGGUUAUGGCGAGUAUCACAUUCUCCAGGUACCACCUUCUGGGUUCAAGCUACAGGGAAGAAUGCAGCCUUUGAUCAAUAGUUACGGCAGAAAGACUCCUGGUACAGUUUAUAAGGCGUUUGCGAUGAAGGAAAAUGGCUCGGAUAUUGUACAGGUUCACAUCAACGGCCGCAGUGAAGUUGACGUUCUGGUGAAUGGAGCUUUGAUGGAAUUUGAUGAGCGACUGCUAGUGGAAUUUAAUGGCGUCUCAGUUUUAAAAUACAACAACUCCUAUAAAUAUUCCACCAUAUUUAACUCUGGGAUAUCAAUUACAAUCGAGAAGUUCGAUGAACUUUUACAAAUGAUGCUGUUGGUGCCACAGAUGUAUAAAGGAAACACAAGUGGCCUUUUGGGAUUCUGGGACGGGGACCAAGUAAAAGAAUAUCUGCUUCCUGACGGAACCUUCCUUGACACUAAUUCAAACCAAUCACGAAUUCAUUACGAAUUUGGACAAAAAUGGGCUGUAACUGAAGAGGACUCAUUAUUCACAUACGAUUAUGGCGAAAAUCAUACCUCUUAUGUCGAUGUGGGAUACAUACCGGUAUUUUUCGAUCAGGAAUUGGUGUUUGAUGACGUAAUCUUCGGUCAGCAGGCUCGAAAUGUGUGCGGUAAUAACAAGCAAUGCCUGUUUGAUAUUUACACCACUGGAAAGAUCAGCAUUGGGAUGAAUUCUAAGAAGGCCUUGGAGUCGUUUGCUGUGGUCGUAAAUGAAAUAGAGACCCCAGGCUGCAUACCAAUUGAGAACGUGCUUAGCAAUGGUUUAAUGCAAAGAAAGGAUUCUAAAGAUGGAGCCAUGUUAUUCAAGUUCCACUGUGACACAGGUUUCAGUCUAACAGGCCCUUCAGUUAUUCGUUGUUACCAAGGACAGUGGAAUGGUUCUAAACCAAGCUGUGAACCUUCAGGUAUGAAGGGGAACUGGAAACUGUGGCAUAUCCUCGCUUCUGCAGCAGCAGGGACCGUAUUCCUUAUGGUGCUCAUUGUGGUCUACCGUUAUAUUAGACGUAGAAAUAACAAUGCUGUAACGAGUAUAGAUAUACGACCUUGAAGUACGAGCGACUUUACAAAAUGGAAAAAAAAGAAGAAGGAAGGAUUUAUUUACAACAACGCGGCUUAUAUAUCAUCAUCAUCAUCAUCAUCAUUUUUAUUUAUUAGCCACUUAACAUAAAAUAUUUAUACAGGUUUAACAGUAUGGUAGGGCGAGAAGAACCUCCAAGAAACCGCCAGGCUUCUAGGGGAGGCCACCUCGGUUUUCAAUAUAUUUGUAAUUAAGUUGUGGAUGUGGAUGUGGCCGUGGAAGGCCUAAGUGUAAUAACUGUCCUAAAUGAAAUAGUCCUAAAUGUAAUAACAUUUAGUCGUAAAUGAAAUAAGCCUCCAAUACA